GCAGCAGCCACAACACCAGUAGUUGUUGGCUCUCAGCAGUGUGGAGUAGUAGGCAUAGUAGUGUGUGGUGAUGAUGUGUGUUGAUGGUGACCUGUGAAUCUGUGAAAGAGUAGCGGGUGGUGAGUGAGAGAUGCCGGUGGCACGCUCGGUGUCUGCCUCACAGCUGGCCAGAGCAGAGACCUCCAUGAGCAGCCCAGGAACGCCUGAGGCAGAGGGCGGCCCAGCCCUCCUCACCCAGAAAGCCCACACACUUGACAGAUUUUCUAAACCAUCAACAAUGAAUGGACAUGCAGACCCUCGUAGAAAGCGACCAUUUAUGUCUUUCAGGCUUAGCAAAAAGCCUGGUAAAUAUAAGGAAAAUGGAAUGCCACUCAAGAAUGAUAUAAGCCAAAAUCCCAAUGGUGUUACAGAUUCUUCCUCGAUACAGACGAGCAUGAUAAGUGAAAAUGGAGUCGAGAGCCUGGAUGGUGGAAGUGAUUCCAGCAGUGCCUCUGUAAAACCAAAGAAAAAGUACCUUACACGAAUGAGUUCGUUUGUGAGUCGGGUAGCUUUCAAGGUACAAGGGGGCACGCCUAAUGCACCAGUUGGGGGUCAUAGAGGAAAGCUCGAACGGAGCAAGACUAUCUCUGUGUCAGACCUCCAAACUCCCAAAGUUGAGGAUUAUGUAGAGUUUGAGGAAGGUAAGGUGCCUGGAGUCAUGGGAAUCCGUAAUCAUGGUAACACUUGUUUUAUUAAUGCAGUGAUUCAGUGCCUCAAUCAUACUGACGUACUUGCCGAGUACUUCGUUUUGGACCAGUAUAAGCAUGACUUGGCAAGGUGUAACAAAAUAAAUUCCAAAAAGUAUGGCACCAGGGGGGAAAUUACAGAACAAUUAGCUGUGCUACUAAAGGCACUCUGGACGCUCAGAUAUGUGCCUGAUUUGUCCAUGAACUUUAAGAACACUGUAGACAAGUAUGAGUCCAUUUACCGUGGUUCACAGCAACAUGAUGCUGCUGAAUUCUUAAUGUUUGUAUUGGACAAGGUGCAUGAGGAUCUUAAUACAGCAUCUAAAAGGAAGUACAAGAAGAUAAAGGUAAGUGAGAAUUUUUUUUUUUAUAACUAAACACCAUCAAAGAUCUCUGAUAAUAACAGUGGGUAAUAUUACUCAUGUUUUAAUCAGAUUUAUUUUCCUUCUUUCUAUGCACAUUUAUGUAACAGGUUUUACUAAACACUACCCAAGAGUCUGUUGUAGAUAGAAUCUUACAACCCAGAUAUCUAAAAAAUAUUUUGAAUCAGAACCCAGACAAGAUUACCAAAAAACUAUCUUUUGAGAUCUAAAAACUUAAGAACAGUAAUGCAUUUGUUACAGAGCAGUAAUGCAUUUGUUACACAGGCAUUAUUACUUAUUAUCAAAUUAGCUUGAAUUGUGUUUAUAUACACUCAGUGGCCACUUAAUUGGAUACACCUUGUAGUACUGAGUAGGGCUUCCCUUUGCCCCCGAACAGCCUGAAUUCAUUGCUGGUUUGUUGAAAAAAAAAAUGCUUGUUAUUUCUUUAGCCUAUCUGUAAAAUAGUAAUGUAUGCUUCAUAUUGUACAGGAGGACUGUGUGACCUACAGGUCAUAAAGACCUGUUAAACAUUGACAGACUUACAAGCUGUAUUACAGUCACUUCUGUAAAAGAAAAUAUAGGUUCCCUCCCCCACCCACAUUAUACAAAUUUGUUUUAUGCAAAUUCACUGUUAUAUGAUAUAUUUCUAUCAGUUAUUCUGUAUGUGUUAUAUACUGUACAGUUGCUAUGUGCAGUUGGUGUGGUUUGCAAUGGGGAUUAAAGAUUCUUUUAUGCAAAAUUCUGCAUUUAAGGCCUAAUUGAGUUUAGUAUAGCUGCCAUGGACCUGGAAUGCAUCUACAUCAUAAAGAGAGGGACACACCUAUAGAAAAUUUUAUGUUGGUAUCAUUUGAUUUAUUAAUUGUACUUCUGUAUACAUAAACAUACAUUACACUAACAUGACUAGUAACUUAAAUAAUUCAGUCCUUCUCUGAAGAGCAAGGAAAUGCUUAUGUACAUGUACAGUAUUUUUUAUCUAGCAGUUAAUUUUGGGCAAAGUAUAAUACACAUCUUUACAGGAAAUGUUAGGAAUUGAACUGUACUAGUUGUGUACAGUAUUUCUCUUGUCUAAGUUCACAACAAUUUUGAAAAUAAAUACUGCAUAUACAAAUGAAUAAAUAAUAAAAAUAUUGAAAAAUUAUAAAUAUCCAAAAAUAUCCAUGAUCAUGGUUUUUUUUAACCCUUUAAAUGCUAGUGAUAUGCUUGUAUAUUUGUGGCAUUCAGCCUGUGGAAAAUUUGGGAUAAUUUCCUGGUAUUUUAAUAGCAUUUAUAAUUUGUUUUACAUCAAAGAGUGAAUUAGUUUAACUCAGGGAGGGUGUGUGUAAAAUGUUUAGUAGCUGAACCAAUAAGCUCUUGGUGAAGUAAACCCUGAAUUUAUUAUUAAAACAUGAUUAAAUUAGAUAAAAUGUUUUCUAUACAUAGGGAUAAUUAGAUAUUGUGUGAACCUACUGAUUAAUUGGAUAUUAUUUGUAUGGUGGUUGAUACAGUGGACCCCCGCAUAACGAUUACCUCCGAAUGCGACCAAUUAUGUAAGUGUAUUUAUGUAAGUGCGUUUGUACUUAUAUGUUUGGGGGUCUGAAAUGGACUAAUCUACUUCACAAUAUUCCUUAUGGGAAUAAAUUCGGUCAGUACUGGCACCUGAACAUACUUAUGGAGUGAAAAAAUAUCGUUAACCGGGGGUCCACUGUACAUCUAAAUUGAGAUAAAUCAAGUUGGCAGAUAUGCUUAGAAUUUAUUGGUUAAGGGGGUGACUUCACAAGGUCAGAAAACUGGUUUGAAGAAUCAACUGAUACUGCUUUUUAAUAAAUGUAACCCCCUAAUUUUUAGCACAGAUAUGGGGCUUAAGGUUUUAGCAUCAGGACAUUGUGAGUUGUGUUGUGCAUUUAGAGGCAUAUUAAACCAGAAAAUUGUGGUUGCUGGUACCUCUGGGCACACUUAGAGAACUUGUCUACAGUGUUUACUGGAUGCAAAAUAGCAACACUACUAGAUGAACAUAAUUAAUGAGGGAGGCUAAGAUUAGUCAUGAAACAUGACAAGUGGUUUCCUGAUGUAGGUCUUAGUCAAAUGAUGACCCACACUGGAGCUUUUGAUCUGACCCAGGCCUUCACUGGCUUAACAGUCCACCCAUUUAAAAACUGAUACUUUUACAUAUGGCUGAAUAUCAAAACAGUGUUCCAAGGUGGAUGAUUUAGUUCCCAUGUGUUGACUGAAAGCAACAUUUAGUGUACAGUGGACCCUCAACCAACGAUAUUAAUCCGUUCCAGAGAGCUUAUCGUUAGACGAAUUUAUCAUUAGUAAAAUUAAUCUUCCCCAUAAGAAAUGGAAAUCCAAUUAAUCCGUUCCAGACACCCAAAAGGAUGAAUUUUUUUUUUUCGCAUGAAAUAUACAUUUUCCUACACAGAAAAAUGAUUCAUGAACAAUAAAUACUGUACUAAAUGAAGAAUAAAUGACACUCACAUUUAUUGAAGAUGUAGUGAUGAGUGAUGAGACUGUUUUUCUUGAAAACAUUGGGAUUUUCAGAGUGAUACAUGAGUAAGGGCUUCACUUUGCAAUCCCCAUUAGCAUUACAACAAAACAUGAGUUAGCCUGUCUUUCAUAGGCUUGUAUCCUGGGAGUGCCUUUUCAUCCUGAGUAAUGUAGGUCCUAUUUGGCAUUUUCUUCCAGAACAGGCCUGUGGGAUGAAUUUUCCAGCUUUGCCAUGCCUUAUCACACUGUGUAUGCCACUACAAUUCUUAAAUCUCUCAAACCAAUCUUUGCUGGCCGUAAAUUCACCAAUAUGAGCACUAGUUCCAGGUAUUUUUUCUUGUUAACCUGGGUGUUAGUUGACUGGUGUGGGCCGCAUCUUGAGGACAAGAUUAAGGACCCAAUGGAGAUAAGUUACAGUCCUCGAUGAUGCACUGACUCUCUUGGGUUAUCCUGGGUAGCUAACCCUCUGGGGUUAAUUGUUUCUCGUUCAGCCACACCAACAACAGUCUCUCCACAUCAUUGAGUAGUACAGCUGAUGGUGGUGCAGCAGCAG